UUUCAAUGGAGUUUGGUUCAAAUUUCGCCGCACACGAAAAAGGCCUAUCCAGACAUAGGUAGUAGAUUGUCGAUAGAUUUACCCUUGCGAUGAUAAAGGGAAAGCCAGGCGGACGAGUGGAUUAACGAUAGCCGUUACCCAUCAGAGAUGAAAGCGGCGGGCUAGCUAACCUAGCAUGAUUUGAUGGAGGCUGAGCGGGGGGCGGAAAACCACGAUGGAGCAGCAACGACAUGCAGCGGCGUAGCUUCAACUGGGAACUGAGUUACAUUAAAACCUCACCAGCUUGCAUACAGUAACUGAGGACGGAGAACAGCACGAUAUGCAGUCAUGAAGCGGGUUCGCACUGAGCAGAUCCAGUAUGCCGUGACUCAGUACCUGAAGCGGAGGCAGUAUGUAGACACUGACGGCUCCCCGAAAGGAGCCAAGCUCUUCCAGUCAGCCGAGGAGAUGGCUGCCAGCCUCACAGUGCAGACAGAGUCGGGUUGCGCCAACAUCGUCUCUGCAGCACCGUGCCAGUCCGACCCACAGCAGUAUGAGACUCAGUACUCCAGACUGCGCUCCUUUCUGUCAGAAACAGAAAUAUCCUGGGCAAAGGAGGUGAGCAGCAUCCUCUACCCGCUCUUCGUCUACCUCCACCUGGACAUGGUGCGCUGCGGCCUGAAGGGGGCAGUAGAUGGUUUUUACAGUCGUUUCCACAGCGCCUUUCUUCAGGACAGCGAGCAGCGUGCCACCGUAGAGCAGCUCCCCCGUGUUCUCACCGCUCAGGACGUUGCAGCCAACCCCAAGCUGAGUGCUUUCCUGGAGCACAAGUACGUGGUUCACCUGACAGAGCCGGCCUACAGCUACCUGCUGCGUUACCUGCAGAGUGAGGACAACAGCGCCCUCUGCAGGGCCCUCAGCACACACCUGCAGGUGGAGGUCACCGCCUCCAGGUGUACAGACUACCAGCUGUAUGGAGCUGCCAGCGGGGCGACUGCCGCCCCAAACUCCACCUCCUCCUGGGCAGGAGUGGGCGGGACAGAGGGCAGGGAGGGGGUGGAGGUUCCCGCAGGGAUCCCACAGAGUGAGGCGGCCCUGGAGGCUCUGCAGGACUGCAUCAAGAAAGUCCGCGAGGGCCCCCCCACGCUCACCACCGUGUGUUUUUACGCUUUUCACCACACUGAGCAGAUGCUGAACACCGCCGAUGUCUCGGCUGACAGCCGGCUGCUGGCCGCCGGCUUUGACAGCUCGACGGUGAAGCUGUGGAGCCUCCGAGCCAGGAAGCUGAAGGCCAAACCGCAUCAGGCUGACGUGUCGCUCAUCCACCUGGCCUGUGACGUUCUGGAGGAGGAAGUGGACGAAGAAGACGGCUCCGGCAGCGAGAUAAAGACGCUGCGAGGUCACAGCGGCCCGGUGUUUCGUACCGCCUUCCUGACGGACAGCUCCGGCCUGCUCUCCUGCUCUGAGGACACAACCAUCCGCUACUGGGACCUGGGUAGCUUCACCAACACCGCGCUCUACCAGGGCCACGCCUACCCGGUGUGGGACGUGGACGUCAGCCCCUGCAGCCUUUACUUCGCCAGCGGCUCCCACGACCGCACGGCCCGCCUCUGGACGUUCUCCCGCACUUACCCGCUGCGGCUUUACGCCGGGCAUCUCGCCGACGUCGACUGUGUGAAAUUCCAUCCCAACUCCAACUACCUGGCCACCGGCUCCACAGACAAGACUGUCCGGCUGUGGAGCACCCAGCAGGGGUCGUCUGUUCGCCUCUUCACUGGCCACCGUGGCCCGGUGCUGUCACUCGCUUUCUCACCUAACGGGAAGUACUUGGCGUCCGCCGGGGAGGACCAGAGGGUGAAGCUGUGGGACUUGGCAUCGGGGACGUUGUUCAAAGACCUGCGGGGACACACGGACAGCGUCACCAGCCUGUCUUUCAGCCCGGACAGCAGCCUGGUGGCGUCGUCGUCUAUGGACAACUCAGUCCGGGUGUGGGACAUCCGGAACUCCCACGGCGGGACACCAGCUGACGGCUCGUCCAGUGAACUGGUGGGACUGUACACUGGAAACACCAGCAACGUGCUGAACGUCCAGUUCAUGGCCUGCAACCUGCUGCUGGUGACGGGAACUGCACAAGAGAAAACGGAACAGUAGCUACGGCGAUCUGGUUUUUGUGUUUUUAUGUUUGGGAGAAAAGCUGGAAUAUCUCCAGAUGUUUGUUUGAAGAUGUGGUCACCAGUCAGACUGUGUUUUCUUCCCUGAGCCAACCACUGAGAGCUUGAAAGUCACCACCUGCCCAGGAGUCGGAAAAGAAGCAAGCUUAGAUAUUCAAUUAUAUAUAUAUUAUCAUUUGUCUCUGGUAUUUUCUAAUUACCAAAGCGUCUUCACUAGAUGUCAGUAUUAAAGAAUUCCUCAGUUUCUCGUGUAUCUGACGAUUUAAAAAAGCGUAAAGUUCUGGGUCUGGUGCCUUGGUGGUCAAAAACUGUUUACUCUGCUGUCAUGCACAAGUUUUUUUUUUUAUGAACUAUAAAAUCAGCAUAUAACAUGUGACUAUUGGGAAAACAUUGUUCCUGUUGGUUAAAAAAAAAAUAAAAAUCCAUUGCAUACACAGACAGUACGAUCCUAAUACUCUGUGUUUGUGAUGAUAACGUGCAGAUCUAAAUCAGUUUGCUGCUGUUGGACAAAUUCGCAUCUUCAAGGAGAAAACUACAAAUGAAGAAAAAUACAUGUUGCAUCGAUGCCCAUAGAGUUUAGAGACUGUAUUCAGAGGCCUCAAAGGUCGAAUACAAAAGCUGACGAGUGACCGUGUGAACUUUAAAACGCCAGAACGGGAAGUGGUUGUUUCUUCUCACAGCGGCAGUGAAUGCUGUUGGUUUGUCUCUGAAAGUAUAAAUAGCCUUUUUGAGGAAAUUUCUAAGAAUCAAACCUGUAUUUUUCACACUGUUCUGCGAGUGGCAUUAACUGUGCAAUGCUUAAAAGUGUAAAUAUACUGUAUUUUUGUAAUAUUUUGGCUACCAAGAGGUUGUUCUUUAACGAGGGCUAAAAAAUACUGACAGAGAAACCGAUUUGACAUUUCUGGAUUGUUUUCAUACAUUCAGAGUGUGACUGAGGUUUAUUUUUUUUGUUUUUGUUGUUUUUGAAUAUUUCAUUCAUAUAUUCAGUCUGGAAGUUGCCCUUUAUGUUCGUCAGUAAACUUUCGUUCCCUCUUGUAGCCAAACACAAGGAAUAAAUAACAGAAUUUAUUUGAA